GUUUCAAUGUAGUCAUGACGAGUAUUCUUCAUCCAACAGAAACGAAAUUCGAAGACAAAUGGGAUCGAGGCGACAUGAAACCGAUUACACUCAGAUUGCUCCAUCAGCAGUCAGUCAGCAAGCAAGAAUGGCAGAAUCUCUUCUGGGACGUUCAUCACGUAUGUAGCUGGGAUGAUCGCGGAUCAGCCAAGCUGUACGAGGCUCUACGCGAGCUCAUUCUCUCCUUCAUUUCAGGAUGUCAACUGAGAGUGCUCGGACAUCAGGAUGAUGCUGCUUUACUGCGGGCUUAUAUUAACGAAUGGGUGAAGUUCUUUGCCCAGUGCCAAUACCUGCCUAAGCCCUACAUGAAUUUGGGACAGAAUUAUAAGUCAAGUGGCUCUAGCACGACUCAGUUAGGGAGCACGCAGGAGAAGUCUAAGGAUGGGAUGCUGGUUGAGAAGUUGAUGUUGGAUUCGUGGAAUGAGAGUAUAUUUUCGUCGAUCAAGGGGCGGCUGCAGGACAGUGCUAUGAAAUUAAUUCAUUCUGAAAGGAGCGGGGAGGCUUUUGAUAUUCAGCUCGUUAUUGGAGUUAGGGAAUCAUAUGUAAAUUUGAGUUCUGAUGCCGACGAUCACUUGAAGAUUUAUCGUGACAAUUUUGAGAACGCAUAUCUAACAUCAACGCGAACGUUUUAUAAAGGACAGGCAUCGCAGCAUUUAGCUGACAACGGUGUGAGGAAUUACAUGAAUUAUGCUGCCGAAAAAUUGAAAGAAGAAGAUCAACGAGCAAUGAGAUAUUUGGAAAUGUCGAAGGGAUCAGAUUCAUUAAAGAUGCUCCAUCACUGCACAGUUGAAGUAUUACUGACGGACUUCAAAGAUCAAAUCCUGGCUGAAUGUCCAAUGAUGAUCACACGCAACGAGACAGACAAACUCUAUCAGAUGUAUUGUCUUAUGAAUGAAGUAGAAAGUGGUAUUGAUCCGAUGCGAGAAUCACUAGAGUUUCAUAUCACACAGGAUGGACUUGCAGACAUGGAGGCUUGUGCUGACACGAUUACAACAGAUCCUGAAAAAUACGUGGAAAAAUUGCUUGAAUUGUUUACUCGUUACAGCAAAUUAGUGAAGAGUGCGUUCCAUGAUGACCAUCGAUUCUUGACGUCAAGAGACAAAGCUUACAAAACAGUUGUGAAUGACACCCACGUGUUUCGUCUCGAACUGCCAACAAAACAGAAAACAGCUUCAAAGACUCAACCGGAGUCUCGGUGUCCGGAGCUAUUAGCCAACUAUUGUGAUUUGUUGUUGAGAAAGAGUGGAGCAAGCAGGAAGUUGACAUCUGAUGAGAUCGAGUCAAGAUUAAGAGAUGUGCUUCUUAUUCUCAAGUAUGUACAGAAUAAAGAUGUUUUCAUGAGGUAUCAUAAAUCACAUUUAACUCGACGUCUCAUUUUGGACACAUCCACUGACUCUGAAAAAGAAGAGAACAUGGUGGAAUGGCUGAGGGAGGUUGGAAUGCCUGCUGAUUAUGUCAACAAGUUGGCUAGAAUGUUUCAGGACAUGAAAGUGAGUGGCGAUCUCAAUCAAGAAUUCCAAGAAAAACUGAAAGAACAAUCAAACAGCGUUGCAGACAUUGUGACACUGAAAGUAUUGAAUGCGGGUGCAUGGUCACGAGGAUCAGAGAGAACGGUUGUUUCAUUACCAAUGGAGUUGGAAGAUUUUAUUCCUGACGUUGAAGAAUUUUACCGACAGAAACACAAUGGCCGCAAACUGCAAUGGCAUCAUCACAUGUCAAAUGGAGUCAUUACGUUUGUUGGGAGCGUUGGUAAGUUUGAUCUAGAAGUGACAACAUUUCAAAUGGCAGUGCUGUUUGCAUGGAACCAACGACCACAUGAUAAACUGAGUCUCGAAGAUCUUCGUUUAUCUACCGAAUUGCCAGAAGGAGAGUUGAAGCGGACGUUGUGGUCUUUAGUUGCAUUUCCGAAGCUAAAACAUCAACUUUUGCUGUGUGAGCCCACACCCAAAUCUCCACGAGAUUUUUUGGAUCAUUCUCUUUUUCGCAUUAAUCAUGACUUUGUAAUAAUUCGUAAUGGAAAGGUACAAAAACGUGGGAAGUUUAAUUUUAUUGGUCGGCUUCAAUUGUCAACAGAAACGAGCAGACAGGAAGAGAACGAGGGCAUUGUGGCUCUUCGUGUUCUAAGAGUGCAGGAAGCGAUAGUGAAGAUAAUGAAGAUGAGAAAGAAGCUUACCAACGCAGCACUCCAGACGGAGUUAGUGGAGAUGUUGAAGAACAUGUUUCUUCCACAGAAGAAAAUGAUCAAGGAGCAGAUUGAAUGGCUUAUAGAACAUAAAUAUAUGAAGAGAGAGGACGAUGAUCUCAAUACUUUUGUGUAUUUGGCUUAAUUGUGUUUGUUUGUUGAUUGUUUUAACAGGCUAAUCAGUGCAUUCGCAGUCUAAUACUCGUGUUAGUCUAGUGAGUAUUGGUGAGAGGAUUUUAGGUGU